AUGACGUUAGCGGAUAAGAGCUUCUCUCGAUAUUCGGAUCAGGUUCAUCGUUUAUCAACAACAGCACAGCCCCAGGACUUGAAGGCCGCCUCAGUAGCGAUCAACCAAACCUCGUCCGCAGCCCCCGCGGCGCCGGGUCCGCUCGCUCAUUCUAUCCGUCAGCAAGGUAGACAAUCCGUCUCGGAGGACGCGAACCGGAAGGCGCAGCAGCUCGCUGACGAAUGGGGUUCUGAGAUUAGCCGUUAUGGUUUGACAUCUGCAACCCUCAUCCGCGAGCCUCCGGUCGUUCGGAAUGCUCCGUCUAGGACCCCGUUCGCCUCUUCCCCCAGCAAACUGCGCCAAUCCGUAACCGACAGCAAUCCGCCGCCUGUGAGACCGGUCGCGGCUCUCCAGAGCAAGCGCAGCUCCGAAGAGAACGGCCUCGACCCGGGAGCCCGCCAUUCGCCCCCCAAGAGAGCCCGCCUCACGGCUCCGUCACAGAUUAGCCUGAGCAGUAUCCCGCAGACGCCGUCUCCCGGUACCGACCAGGUCGUCUCCCCCAUUUUCUUCUCCAGCUCCUCACGGCCAAUGCCGAUCCGCCCUCCGAGCUAUCCUUCUACGGAAGGCACCAGCACCAUGAUCAAUCGAAUUCACGAGGGUGACGAGAGGGUCACCACGCAUCGCCUGCCCAAGGGCAAUGUCAGCUCGGCAGGUACCAAUCGUUCAUCGAGUACGCCAGGAAGUUGGCCAUUUGACAGCCCCGGGACUGAUGGACGGGCUUUGAGCCCGAGUCUGCAGCAAUUACAGGGCAUUGGGGUGAUUGAGUUGCUCGAGCAGGACGAACGCCCGACCUUCAUCAUUGACCUCGCAAAUAGUGCUAAUUAUCGGACGGGUCCCAUUGAGGUUUUGUUCGCCAAUGCGGCGCUCCGAGCAUCACAAACUGUCCUUGAUCUGGUGUCGUCAGACACUCUGGACCCCGAGAACAAUACUGACUUCUCGCGCUUCAAGGCUUGGAUAUUGAGUUUUGUUCGAAAUAAUGAGUCGAUGGAUGUCUGCUUGCCGUCCUUGUCCUACGGGGGGAUCAGCUGGACCUGUUCAACUUUGCGAAGGCGGUAUCGCUUUGUCAGUGGGAAUAGCAGCGCUGUGUCCAUUACGCCCACCUCACCGAGCCCUCCCGCGCAAGCAUCAUCAGUUCUUGGCCAGAGGAAUCGUGGGCCUACGCCUUCAAGGGAUCCUACGACCCCAAGGGAACGUUCUUCGAGCGAGACCGACUACUUUGGCGAUACUACAGCGCGCGAAUCUGUCCGUCGAUCACAUUCUGUGCCAAGAGAUGUCAUUGACGUCGAUCCUGAGACACCCAUACAACAAGAAUCAAACCCGGACGACGACGACGACGACGACUCAAGUCCGUCAUUUGACUGGACUCGUAUCGCCAUCAGCCCCUCGUUGCCGUCGCAUAUCCAGUUUGCGCGCUCCAUAGACUGGGCCUCGACUCCGUUAGGACCUAUAGAGAACUGGGCGGCCGACCUGCGAAGCAUGUCAAACCUAAUCAUGGGAAGUCCGCACCCUGCUGCGCUGUACUGGGGACAUGACUACACUUCUAUCUACAACGAGGCAUACAUUGCAUUGGCAGGCCGGAAACACCCACGGAUGAUGGGCAACAGUUACAUGGACGCCUGGGCUGAGAUAUGGGACGCCAUUGAGCCGAUCUUUGGCGAAGCCUGGAAUUCGGGACAGGCCACCAUGAAACACGACGACAGGCUAUUCAUCAUUCGCAACGGCUUUCUAGAAGAGACUUACUUCAGCUGGUCCAUUGUGCCGGUGGUCGGGGCUGAUGGCUCGGUAGUGGCCCUGUACAAUCCCGCGUUCGAGAACACGCGUCGCAAAGUGAACGAACGGAGGAUGUUGACACUACGAGAGAUCGGCGAGAAGACCGCGCUCUCGCAGACCGUGAACGAGUUUUGGGGGCUUGUACAGCAGGGCCUUGCGUACAACCCCUGGGACAUUCCAUUUGCGCUCAUAUACUCCGUGGCUGAAGAUUCGGAGAGCGAGUCAUCAUCAAUGCACUCCGGGAGCCUGUCUAACCCGCCUCAGAUAGUACUUGAGGGUUCACUCGGCGUUCCUGAGAACCACCACGCCGCUGUGGAUUCAAUCGAUCUUCGAACGAGCGGCGAUGGGUUCGCACCUUAUAUGAGGGAAUCGAUGGCCCAGCAAGGGAUGCCUGUGGUUCUUUCGAAAGAAGACGGAACUUUACCUAGUUCUCUCAUCGAAGGACUAGAGUUCAGGGGCUUUGGUGAUCCCUGCAGGACUGUGGUCGUGUUUCCGGUUCAUCCUACCACUACUGGCGAUGCCGUCGUCGGUUUCAUUGUGGUCGGCGUCAACCCCCGGCGACCAUACAACGAAGACUAUCAACUCUUCAUCAACCUCCUCUCCCGGCAACUCGCCACGUCUUUGGCUUCAGUGGUGCUCUUUGAAGAAGAAAUCAAGCGUGGCCAACGAGCGGCCAGGCUUGCAGCAUUGGAUCGCCAAGAGCUGUCUCUGCAGCUCCGUCUGCGAACCCAAGAGGCUGUCGAGAGCGAAUACAAGUUCACUAGAAUGGCCGAGUUUGUUCCUGUUGGGAUGUUUAUCGCGAACGAGCAUGGAGUCAUCAACUACUGCAACGACGCGUGGUGGGAGAUCUCACGCCACCCUCGAUCAGAUUUCCGAUCGGCAAACACGGUCGAGACAUGGAUGCAAAGUGUUCGGGACGAGGACAGGGCUGGUGUCGCGGCAGUCUGGCAGAGACUGGUCACGGAGAAGGUUGCCAUCACUCACGAAUUCCGGUUCAAGAACAUACGUGAGGCAGACGGCCACGCCGUAGAUACGUGGGCUCUCAUGAGUGCCUAUCCCGAGAAGACGGAGGGCGGCGAGCUGAGGCGCAUCUUUGGGUGCCUGACAGACAUAUCACAGCAGAAAUGGGCAGAAGUUCUCCAGAAGCAACGCAUGGAGGAAGCGGUCGAGCUCAAGAGACAGCAGGAGAACUUUAUCGACAUUACCAGUCACGAGAUGCGCAAUCCUCUUAGCGCCAUACUGCAGUGUGCGGACGAGAUCACCAAUACCAUCGUCAGUCACCGUUCAGAGGACCCGUCGGCGUACGUGCCAGGAAAGUUCAACCUGCUGCUGGAGAGCUGCCUCGAGGCGUCAAACACCAUCUCGCUGUGCGCUAGCCACCAGAAACGGAUCGUGGACGACAUCCUCACGCUGUCCAAGCUCGACUCUCAGCUGCUUCUGGUCACCCCGGUCGAUGUUCAGCCUGCUGUCGUCAUCCAGAAUGUGCUCAAGAUGUUCGAGACUGAGCUCAAUUCCAACGAUAUACGGGGCGAAUUCCGCAUCGAAAAGUCAUACCAAGACUUGGAUAUCGACUGGGUCAAACUUGAUCCUUCUCGCCUCCGACAGAUCCUGAUCAACCUCAUGACCAACGCCAUCAAGUUCACCCAGUCACGGGAAAGAAGGGCCAUUGUCAUAAGUCUGGGCGCAACCCUCGACAUCGAAGAUUCGGCCGAGAGCAGUCGUUCAUACUUCCCAUCCCGGAGCCCUGAGCGGGAGAAUAUCACCGACGAGCCUGGCUGGGGCAGUGGGCACAAGAUUAAGCUGCAUGUCGCCGUGACAGAUACCGGUCCUGGCCUUGAUGACCAUGAGAAGAAGAUGCUCUUCCAGCGCUUUUCGCAGACCUCGCCACGCACACACGUGCAGUAUGGUGGCUCUGGCCUCGGGCUGUUUAUUUCCCGCAUCUUGACAGAGCUGCAAGGUGGACAGAUCGGAGUCACUUCUGAGAAGGGCCUGGGCAGCACUUUCGCCUUUUAUAUCAAGAGUCGCAUGGUACCGCUGACGCAGCUCUCGCCCUCCAUCAAGCCUCCCGCUUCGAGCCCCUUCAAGCGAGCCGACAGUGGCGUGGCUCCGGUAACAUACACUGCUUAUGCGACCAGCGGAAGCAAGCCACCGACGCCGGUAGCCCAAGAUAUAGUGCCACGGGCAGUACCAGACAUCGCCAUGACUGACCCGGACGCAUCGGCACCUCUUGACGUGCUGAUUGUGGAAGACAACCUGGUCAACCAAAAGGUUCUCCAGAGGCAGCUUCGCAAAUGCGGCAACAACACCCACGUCGCGAACCACGGCAUAGAAGCGCUCGAGGCGCUGCGUCGCUCUACCUUUUGGAGCCCAGAGCACGCCCAUCAGCGACCGCAGCUGACCACCUCGUCGUCGAACCUGUCGAGCGUCUCGGGCUCCUCGGACACGAGCCACGGCAGGAAGAGCGAGCCUGACAACAUCAACAUUUCGGUAGUGCUGAUGGACCUCGAGAUGCCGGUGAUGGACGGGAUGACGUGUGCGCGCAAGAUCCGCGAGCUCGAGGCGGACGGCACGAUCCGCGGCCAUGUGCCGAUCAUCGCGGUCACGGCGUAUGCUCGGCCGGAGCAGAUUGAGAAUGCCAAAGCCGCUGGAAUUGACGAUGUCAUUUCGAAGCCAUUCCGGAUCCCGGAUCUCAUGCCCAAGAUUGAGGAGCUUGUAGCAAAAUACAACACACACACGAUUUCUACGCCAGCUUAG